CGGGAGCUUAUUUGGCGAGUAUGCAUGCUGGCCACUAGUGACAGGAGUUGCGUUGCUCCAAUACGGCAAGCCGCCGGGCGCUCAAAGCGUGCGUACUGUGUAGGUGUUACCCCUCACCCUUCAUCUGGCAUGCUUGAGCCCAAUGGAACGGCCGGGAUAGGAAAUGUCGAAUGUGCCUGUCAGUCUGCCUACGCCGACGUCCGUCGCCAUUGAUCCACCUAGGCACCGACAUAUUGGAUUGCGGAUUUUCUCAAGUUCAGCUCAGGCUGUCAAUAUUGAGUUCGAAAGACCUGCUUAAGGGCAUAAAUACCUCCAUGGUUUCUCGAGGCCAUCUGGCGGAACCACCAAGUCGAUCGUCACAUUGCACAAACUUGCCCAGGACGGAAUUAUGGGAGGCCAGGGUGACACCGGGACUGCCGCGCCCAUCACGGUUAACGAUGUCGUGUUCACCGAAGCGACCUCUCGGCAGCGCACUCUCUCCUGGGAGCUAAACGGGGCGUCCUGGGCGCCGCCCAUGACCAUCGAGCAGUACGUCGGCCGUGAGACGGGACUCUCGCAAACCGCACUCUCAGCCAACGGCGGAACCAAGUAUUACGUCCUGCACCACAAGUCCGACCCGGAACUCAUUGUCUCGGCCUGCGAGGUAACCGCCAAGCAGGGGCUCGUCGCCGACAAAAACGGCUCCCGCGAGGUGACGGCCUACUCCAUCGCCUCCGUCUUCACCAAUCCCCGUUUCCGCGGGCACGGCAUGGCCUCGCACAUGCUGCGCCACGUGCAGCAGGUCGUGGACAAGGCCGGGGCCGAGUACGGUGCCCUCUACAGCGACAUAGGCCGCGUCUUCUACACCCGGCUCGGCUGGCAGGACCUACGCUCCCCGCAGGUGCUAUUCCAUCUGCGCGACGACCUCCGGAUUCCCCCCGAGGCGGUUACCGGGGUGACCCAUCUCGCUGAAGAGACGGUCGCAUCCCUCUGCGAGCAGGAGGUGGCGACGUGGAAGGAACGCUUCCGGCGAAUCGCGCAACAACGACAACAACAAAACAUCAGCAGUAGCAAUACCACCCACAUUAUCUUCCUCCCCACCCCGGCGCAGUUGUCCUGGCAUUUUGCGCGCGACAAGUACGUGUGUAAAAUUCUCCUCGACCGCGAGGUGGUGCACCGCGGAGCGCAGACGACCGACGGGAAGGCGUGGAUCUCCUGGGACCACGACCUGCGCGAGAAGAAAUUGAAGAUCCUCAAGAUUGUCGUGGGCGGGGAGGAUGAGCCUCCUGCCAAGAGAAAGACGGAUGCCGUGAAAUUGCUGCUUGCUGCCAUGGCGGAAGCUAAGGAGUGGGGUUUGCCCAAGGUGCUGAUGUGGAUACCGGGGGCGGCGGGGGGGAACCACCUGGGCCAGGGGGACUGGGAGUGGGAGUGGGCCACGGCGGCUGCGACCGACAUCUGGCGCGAGUGGGGUCCCCAGGUGCAGGUUGUGUUGGAGGAAAGGGAGGACGGGUCGAUUCCUAGCUUGAGGUGGAUGGGCGGGGAGAGUCUGGAGGAGGUGGUCUGGGAGGAUAGUGAAUAUUAUGCGUGGUGUUGAUUGAAACCCUUGGAAGCUAUAAGUAUUCGUAUAUAAGCUGCUUUACAGCAGCCCACGAAGCACACAACUCGGUGAGAAUUGCUGGACUCAUACUACUGCUUAACGGUGAUUGUUGGGCUCCUAGUGUAACAUUCGAGGCAAGUGCAACAGCC